AUGGCCUUCACGAUGCACUCCCACUCCGGGCAGUUCUGCCCGGGGCAUGCCAAGGACCAGCUCGAGGACAUCAUCAAGCAUGCUGUCGAGCUCGGCUACAAGACCAUUGGGCUCACGGAGCAUAUGCCCCGCUAUGAGCAGCGAGAUCUGUAUCCCGAAGAGCUUGACGACCCUCAAGCUGCUCUCGAGGCUCUGCCCCCUCGUCAUGAGGCUUAUCUGGUCGAGGCACAGCGUCUGCAGCGAGAGUACGCCUCCAAGGUUCACAUCCUGAUUGGUUUUGAGGCCGAGUUCAUUCGUCCAGACUUUGCCGCCCACGUUCGGGCAUUGGCUGAACACCCCAUCAUUGACUAUUUCAUCGGCUCAGUGCAUCAUGUGCACGGUGUCCCAAUUGACUACGAUGCCACCAUGUUUGCCGCUGCCCGGGACGCCAGCGAGGGUGGUACAGAGGAGAAGCUCUACGAGGACUAUUACGACCUUCAAUAUCACAUGCUGCAGGAGCUCAAGCCCCGCGUCGUCGGCCACUUUGACCUCAUCCGUCUGAUGAGCGAGGACCCUGGCAGGGACAUUCGCCAGUGGAAAGGUGUCUGGGAGCGAGUCAUCCGGAAUCUCAAACUUGCACGGGAACAAGGAGGAUGGCUCGAAGUGAAUAGUGCAGCACUGCGCAAGGGACUGGCGGAGCCUUAUCCGUGCAGGAUCAUUGCCGAGGAAUGGAUCAAGAUGGGCGGCAAGUUCACCUUCUCCGACGACAGCCACGGCAUCGCCCAGGUCGCCACAAACUAUGCCCGCACAGUCGCCUAUCUCGAGAGCCUAGGCGUCCAAGAGGUGUGGACUCUGCAGAGGAAGUUCCAUCCUGGCAUCGAGGGCACCAACAGAUCCGUCGUCGAGGACGUCAGCGUCCCUGUCGAUGUUUUCCGCCAGAGUUUUCCCUGA